AUGCAAUCGGACUCGAGUUCAUCUGACGAGACGGAACGAUAUAUUAAUCUCUUCACAAUGACGCAUCAUGCGAUUGAUCAAGAGGUUCGCGAUACUGUCUCCUCUUCAAGAAAGUAUACAAACAGAGACAAUCGUUUUGAGCCGCACGACCAUCUUGUUCGAGAUUACUUUGCCGAGGAACCGAAAUUUGAUGAUGAUUUUUUUAGAAUACGGUUUCGGAUGAGUAGACGGUUGUUUGUGAAGAUAGCUACAGAUUUGGAAAGCAAUUUUGAAUAUUUUCAAAGGAGGUUCCACAGUUGUGGGAAAAUUGGGUUCUCGGCUUUACAGAGGUAA